AUGCUCGGUGUAGGCAAGCAUGGCGAGGUGCGCCAAGCGACCCAUCGCCUCACGGGUCGCGACGUCGCUAUCAAGUUCAUCCCUCGCGAAGAUUGCCCCGAAGAUGCCUCCGCUUGGUCAGAAAUCACGGCGCUAAAAACUUUGCAGCACCCCCACGUUGUGCGCCUCUACGAUGUCAUCCGUGCCCCACGUACCGUCAUGCUGGUCUUGGAGUGCCUGAAAGGUGGAGAGCUAUUUGAUUACCUCAUCAGCCGCCGCCGGCUCUCAGAGUCUGAGGGCCAGCGCUUUGUGCGGCAAAUUCUCUCAGCCCUGGACUUUUGCCACCGUAAGGGUAUUGUCCAUCGUGACCUCAAGCUCGAAAAUAUUCUCCUGGGUGACAACGACGACAUCAAGGUCACUGAUUUUGGCUUUAGCAACGUCUUCAAGGACGGUGGCCUCAUGAGCACGUUUGUUGGCAGCCCAGCCUACUGCGCACCCGAAAUUCUGGCCAAUCAGAAAUACAUUGGCCCCAUGGCUGACGUGUGGAGCCUCGGCGUGAUAAUUUUCACCAUUCUGACAGGACAACGCCGUCACCAACCUGCAAAAGAUUGA